GGCUCGCGGCCGGCGUGCUCUGGCUGGCUGGAGCUGCGGCGCCUUCCGCGUGGCCCCGGAAGGACACAGGGCGGAAGGCGGGAGAGGGAAGCAGCCGGCCGCGGAGGAAGCCCGAGGGGGCGGCUGCGUGCGGACCAGACGCCUGUAGAGCAGUGAGCCUCCAGACGCCGGCUCUGCGCCCACCGGCGGCCUCUCCCUUCGCGCUUUCCGGGAGCCUGCGGGAGCGAGUGCGCCUGCGCGCCGGCCCCUCCGAGUGCCUCGCCGCUGUCCUCGCGCCGGCCGGCGGCCCGACGGUUCCUGUGGCACUUCCCGCCCGGCUUCUAGGCUCGGCAUCGCACGGGCGGGCGACAUGUCGCGGCGGCGGCACAGCGACGAGAACGAUGGUGGACAGCCACACAAAAGGAGAAAGACUUCUGAUGCAAAUGAAACUGAAGAUCAUUUGGAAUCUUUAAUAUGCAAAGUAGGAGAAAAGAGUGCCUGCUCUUUGGAGAGCAACUUAGAAGGCUUGGCUGGUGUUUUGGAAGCCGAUCUUCCUAACUACAAGAGCAAGAUCUUAAGACUUCUUUGUACAGUUGCACGUCUGUUACCUGAGAAGCUGACAAUUUAUACAACAUUAGUUGGACUGCUAAAUGCCAGGAAUUACAACUUUGGAGGAGAAUUUGUAGAAGCCAUGAUUCGUCAACUUAAAGAAUCAUUGAAAGCAAACAAUUAUAAUGAAGCUGUAUAUUUGGUCCGUUUUUUAUCUGAUCUUGUGAAUUGUCAUGUGAUUGCUGCCCCAUCAAUGGUUGCCAUGUUUGAAAAUUUUGUAAGUGUAACUCAGGAAGAAGAUGUGCCUCAGGUGCGACGGGAUUGGUAUGUGUAUGCAUUUCUGUCAUCUUUGCCCUGGGUUGGAAAGGAGUUGUACGAAAAGAAAGAUGCAGAGAUGGACCGCAUCUUUGCCAACACUGAAAGCUAUCUUAAGAGACGCCAAAAGACUCAUGUGCCCAUGUUACAGGUUUGGACUGCUGAUAAACCACAUCCACAAGAAGAGUAUUUAGAUUGCCUGUGGGCCCAGAUUCAGAAAUUGAAAAAGGAUUGCUGGCAGGAACGGCACAUCCUAAGACCUUAUCUUGCCUUUGAUAGCAUCCUCUGUGAAGCAUUACAGCACAAUCUGCCUCCUUUUACACCACCUCCUCACACUGAGGAUUCAGUGUACCCAAUGCCAAGGGUCAUCUUCAGAAUGUUCGAUUACACAGAUGAUCCUGAGGGUCCUGUUAUGCCAGGGAGUCAUUCAGUGGAGAGAUUUGUUAUAGAAGAGAAUCUUCACUGUAUCAUUAAGUCCCACUGGAAGGAAAGGAAGACUUGUGCUGCACAACUAGUGAGCUAUCCAGGGAAGAACAAGAUCCCCUUGAAUUAUCACAUAGUGGAGGUGAUCUUCGCAGAACUAUUUCAACUUCCAGCACCCCCUCACAUUGACGUGAUGUACACAACACUUCUCAUUGAACUGUGCAAACUUCAGCCUGGCUCCCUACCCCAAGUUCUUGCACAGGCAACUGAAAUGCUAUACAUGCGUUUGGACACAAUGAAUACUACAUGUGUAGACAGGUUUAUUAAUUGGUUUUCUCAUCAUCUAAGUAACUUUCAGUUCCGCUGGAGCUGGGAAGAUUGGUCAGAUUGUCUUACUCAAGAUCUUGAAAGUCCCAAACCAAAGUUUGUAAGAGAAGUUCUAGAAAAAUGUAUGAGGUUGUCUUACCAUCAGCGUAUAUUAGAUAUUGUUCCUCCUACCUUCUCAGCUCUAUGUCCUGCAAACCCAACCUGCAUUUACAAGUAUGGAGAUGAAAGUAGCAAUUCUCUUCCUGGACAUUCCGUGGCCCUCUGUUUAGCUGUUGCCUUUAAAAGUAAAGCAACCAAUGAUGAAAUCUUCAGCAUUUUGAAAGAUGUACCAAAUCCUAACCAGGAUGAUGAUGAUGAUGAAGGAUUUAGUUUUAACCCAUUGAAAAUAGAGGUCUUUGUACAGACUCUGCUACAUUUGGCAGCCAAAUCAUUCAGCCACUCCUUCAGUGCUCUUGCAAAGUUUCAUGAAGUCUUCAAAACUCUAGCAGAAAGUGAUGAGGGGAAGUUACAUGUGCUAAGAGUUAUGUUUGAGGUUUGGAGGAACCAUCCACAGAUGAUUGCUGUCCUCGUGGAUAAGAUGAUUCGUACACAGAUUGUUGACUGUGCUGCAGUAGCAAAUUGGAUCUUCUCCUCAGAACUGUCUCGUGACUUUACUAGACUGUUUGUUUGGGAAAUCUUACACUCUACAAUUCGUAAGAUGAACAAACAUGUUCUCAAGAUCCAAAAAGAGCUAGAAGAAGCUAAAGAGAAACUGGCAAGGCAACACAAACGGCGAAGUGAUGAUGAUGACAGAAGCAGCGACAGGAAAGAUGGGGCCCUUGAGGAGCAGAUAGAAAGGCUGCAGGAGAAAGUGGAGUCUGCGCAGAGUGAGCAGAAGAAUCUCUUCCUCGUCAUAUUUCAGCGUUUUAUCAUGAUCUUGACUGAGCACUUAGUACGAUGUGAAACCGAUGGAACCAGUGUAUUGACGCCAUGGUAUAAGAACUGUAUAGAAAGGCUCCAGCAGAUCUUCCUGCAGCAUCAUCAGAUAAUCCAGCAAUAUAUGGUGACCCUGGAGAACCUUCUCUUCACUGCUGAAUUAGACCCUCAUAUCCUGGCUGUGUUCCAGCAGUUCUGUGCUCUGCAGGCCUAAGGGUCGGAUUUUUUUUCCCCUCAUGUCAAGAUUUUUUUUUUUUUAAUAUCUUAAAAUAAUUUCUCUUAUUUUUGAUGGUUUGAAGGCUUGGUUUCUUGUAAUAAAUAGCCUUCUCUUCUUAAAGGAAACAAAGGGGAAGAAGGACAAUGAGGAAUAUGAAACUACCUUUAAUUUCCCUUAAAAAGCAAAUAUUUCUUAAUGAUAACAAUGUGACAAUGACCAUGAUGUAUUAUAUAUGUGAUAGAUACAACUUUUCUGUGAUCAUUUGAUAUGUUUUCUCCUUAGGGCACAAAGCAACAGGUCUGAGGUAUGUGAAACACUAGUGGUCAAUCUUACGUUAUAAAGUAGUAAAUAGGACUGAUGGGUUUAUUACCAGUUAGCAUAGCUUUUCACAGCUCAUGGAUAACCUUGACAUGGCUGAAAUAAAACUAAAAGUAUGUUUUUUAAACUUUGGUUAUUUCAUGAUUUAUCAUCUUAGUUUAUUUUAAAAUUAAUGAUAAGGCAUCUUACCUCCGAUUGAAAUAGUCCUCAAAAUAUUUUUAAGUAUUUUAAAAUAACUAUUUCUUAGUAUGUAAAAUAGUUUUACCACUAUUUCGACUGGUGGUACCCAGACUUGUCCAUACCAAGUUCCUGGGAAUCUUUGAAGUUUCUUUAAAACUUAAAACCACAAUCUCCAGAGGUAGAAGAUGAACAUCAUUAGUUAUUAAAGCACCCCAGGUGAUUCUAGGUUGGGGAACCAUGAUCUUAGAGCAUCUGGUCAUUGCCUGCAGCCUCAGAGGGAUUUGUCCAAGAUCAUGUAGAGAGCCACAUGCUAAAAUGGAACUGGACAUAGAUUAGCUAAAACUAUACUUGGAAUUAGAUGUCAGCUUGGGUUUUGUCUCUGUGUAUCCUGAUUCAAAUAACUAAUUCCUGAGCUUUUUUUCCUAUGUGGUAUUAAGACUUUAAAAGAUAAGAUCAUAUUGUAAAAUAAUGUAUUUGAUUAUAAGAAAUUCUCUGACAUUUCAAAUUUCUGGGAUUUUAGACUUUUUUCACUAAAACAGUAAUAAUCCUACAAUUACUGGUAAUAUUUUUGUGCAUUUGCACAAUAGAGUAAUUUUUUAAACUUACUACUUCCUAAGUGUAUGAUGCAUUGAGCAUUUUCCAGUUUGAUAUAUGGUCAUGUUGGUUUGCCAUACAUUUUGGUGGCUACAAAACCUAAGUCUACUUAAUGGGAAUUCCUAGGAUUUUAAAUACCAUACUAUUUAAGGAAGGAUAUCUUAUGUAUACUGUUAUUCCUUCCUAUUGCUUAACCACAGCACACAUUAUGUCUUUUGAAAUGGCUUCUGUGCAAAAGAAGUCAAUGGGGUAACCUUUAAGGCAUUGAUGACUUUAUUUGACCUUAAACUGCUUUGUAAUAUUUUCACAUUGCCUAGCAAAGGUUAGUUAUACUUGAUCCACAUUCUAGAGCCAUUUGUAGGUUUUCAUUUCCUUUCUUUUGAUCCUCCUUUCAUGUUACAAUGGUUGCUUCUAAUACUUCUUCAUGGGUGGAACUGUGCUCUGUCCGGUCCAACAGUUAUGCAUACGGAAAAACUGAACUAGGGACUGAAUUUUGAAGAAAUAAAGGUGCAAGAGCAAACAUUCAGCACUUGCGUUCCCCACUAAGGAAGCUCACACAGACAAAAGGAUGGCGUGCCACUGUACCUCCUACCUUGCAAUGAGUCAAUAUUCUAUUCAAUUAUACUGGUACCAUUUAAAAUAUAUUUGUCAAUAUACUGACAACAUAUACUGUUUUCCUAAAAUACAGUUAGACCUGAAAGUGAAAGAUGAGGAGAAGCCUUGCCAACCUGGGUAGAUACUGGGAUACCAGGAUUCUCUUAAAUUGAUGAAGGAAAGGAUGAAUAGAGGCAAACCUCUGCUAGACAAAUGUUGGCCUGGUGCUGGAUUCGCUGUAUUAAAUCCUUCCAGCAGUGCUCUGAAAGACCAUUAUGCCUCCCUUCACAGAUGGAGAAGUUUGCCCAAGGUGUCCACAGCCGGGAAUGGAAUUUGUACUUGACUUCAUCUGGCCUCAAGAGCUCUUUAUCCUCCACAGUGCAGUAAUGCUCUUAGCAGCAGCCUGAACUGCUAGUUACUCUGUUGUCAAAGGAGAAGCUUUUUUCCACUCUCAGAAAUCUGGAUGCCCUUUCAGAAUCAAUUUUACUGAGCUAUAAUUUUUUAGCAUAGCACAUAUGAAAAGUCAAUACUUGAAAAAUACAUUGAGCAUUUAUUUUUAUUAUGUAGAUAACAAUUAGUAGUUAUAGUCUCAAGCACCUAAUUACUUGAGUCUGACUUGUUUUGACUUUGGCCUUUCUCCAAGCAGACCUAGAGAAAAAAGUGGAAAUGUAUGAACUUUACUUACAGUAGCAGGAUAAAAAGUCAUGUCAAACAAUUUGAAAAAUAUCCAGUUUCUCUCAAUUUGAAUUUUUCAAUAAUGAUUCAUAGAUCCUGUAGUCAAACUACUUGAUGAUCCUUUUAACAAGAUUCAGGGAAAACCUGACUAGCCAAACUUAAUCCAAAUAUUUGGGAUAAAGCAUGGAAGGUAAAUAAGAAGUGCUAAAUAAGUAGCAAGCUGCCUUCCCUCCUGGGAUUAAAUAAGAAUACCUGUAAGGCACUCAGCAGUACUUAGGAUAAACUUAUUAAGUAGCUAUCUUCCAUUUUAAUUCAGCAUUUGAGAAGAGCUGUCUGUCUGAUCACUAAUGCAGAGGUCUAUAGUAGUAAGCCCUUAGCAAACAGAAAACAUGACCAGACUGCUACAAUUUGUUUAUUCCUGCUGUUAGGACUUCUUCCAGCAUUGGCUCCUCGCUGCCUCACAGUCCUAGACAUAGAAGUAGUCCUUAAAAACCUGACACGCUUGUACAGCAGUACACCACCAUCCCUGUUUCUUGGACUGAGUCCAGUUCAGUUGGCUUUGGCCUUUAUUGAAGGCUCUUCCUUCUGCCCCAGUGGAGGGUUUGUUUUGUUCUCUUGUUCCUCAAUUUGCAGCUCUAACCUGCCACUUUGAACCUACUCUACAUAUACCUCCUGCAGACCUGAUAUGCUGCCCUCAACCAGACCAGCUGGAACUUAACUUGCUUUAAGCCAUACAUCUGUUAUUACUCUGGAAACAUUUAUACAAGUGUAUCAUCUAUGAAGACUACAUUGUGGUGAAUUCUGAAUAAAUCCAAUCUAAUUUCCUUUAUUUAAAUAUAAAAUUCUGUUAAAAAAAUGUCAGUGAACUAAAAAUCACAUUUUUUCAUAUGUCAGUUCAUGGCCACACACAGUACAAGUCUUGCGGUACAUGUCAUCUUCUAAGUUUUCUUCUGGUCCGUACUCAUGUUGAUGAGCAAUCAUUUCUCUUUUCCAUACACUGCUUCUUACUGCCCGCCGCAAUUCUAAGAAAAAAAUAAAGGUUUUUCAGCUGAACCCAAAAAUAAAUCCAAUCAGACUUUCAGCCAUAUUUGUGUAUUUAAACCAUAUAUUUUAAUAUUAUGACAAACAUCAAAGUUGAUUUCACAAACUUUGCAAGCUUUCUUACUUCACCUGUGUGGCUUGACACAUCAAGUGGUUGCUGGAGUAGUAUGAAAUGAGAGGUUCAGAAACAGGCAUGUGGGUUAGAAUUACAGCAAAGGAGAAACAAGAAGUGACGUCUGACUUGGGGAAAGGAUGCCACAGCAGGAAAGGGGGGUGUCUUUUAACCCAUGUUCACAAGUCAGGAGGCUCUUCUAAGAGGCAAGGCAUGUUUUUGCAAGAAAACUAGAAAGCCGAGAACUAUCACUAAAACUCAAGUGUUUUCAUCUUGGAAAAACUGCAAUUGACCACAUGUCUAUUAAAAAUUCUUUAUUUAUAAAAGUGACAGCAUUUGUUUUUGGGGAGGAGUUGCCAAUAACUACCACAAAGUACAACCUAAAAAUAAGAAUCACAGAGUAUAAAGAGCAGGAGAACACUUGAGUUUUUUUGUUGUUGUUGUUUUUUACCUCAUUUUAUUUUGCAGGUGGGGAAAUGUGAACCCAGGUUGUCUUAUUCCAGUGUUCUUUUUGUACUACAUCAUACAUCAUGUAUAAGUCAUUUUACCAAAAAAAAAAAAUUUUUAAAGUAACUUAAGGCUAUCAUUUUUUAGAAGUUCACAUUGCAUAUUACCUGAGGAAACCCCUUAGUAUUCCAUUUCAAAUGAAUAAGCUGGUAACUUAUCAGUUUCUAAUAUAAUGAAUAAAAAGCAGCACUAUAAUUGUUUAUAUUUCUGUUCUCACCAGUGAUCCAACCAGCUCAUCACUGUCUUUGACAGUGGUACCACCUACCUAAAGGAGUUUGGGAGCUGUCUUUUAUAAUUUCAGCCAUAAAAAUAAACAUCUAU